CCAACACCUAUAAAUAAAGAUUCACCUUUGUCUUGACGGAACUUGUUACCAACCAUGGGCAGCAACACCGUCCAACCACCACCGCAAUACACCCCCUACCGCCUAGUCAAAACCCUAACCGGCCACCACUCCGCCGUCUCCGCCGUCAAAUUCUCCAACAACGGCAAACUCCUCGCCUCCGCCUCCCUCGACAAAACCCUAAUCCUCUGGAACGCCGAAACCCUAACCCUAAUCUCCCGCCUCUCCGGCCACUCCGACGGCGUCUCCGACCUCGCCUGGUCCUCCGACUCCCACUACAUCUGCUCCGCCUCCGACGACAAAACCCUCCGCAUCUGGGACGCACGCGCCGCUGAAUGCGUCAAAACCCUACGCGGCCACACCAGCUUCGUGUUCUGUGUAAAUUUCAGUGUUCAUUCGAACCUUAUUGUUUCGGGAUCGUUCGAUGAGACGAUUAGGGUUUGGGAUGUGAAAACGGGGAAGACGAAUCAUGUUAUUAGAGCUCACUCGUUGCCGGUGACUUCUGUGCAUUUUAACCGUGAUGGGUCGUUGAUUGUGAGUGGGAGUCAUGAUGGCAGUUGUAAGAUUUGGGAUACGGCUACCGGCACAUGUUUGAAGACGUUGAUUGACGAUAAGGUGCCCGCGGUUUCGUUUACCAAGUUUUCGCCCAAUGGGAAGUUUAUUUUAGUGGCUACACUUGAUGAUAAUCUGAAGCUUUGGAACUACUCAACUGGGAAAUUCUUGAAGAUGUAUACAGGUCACGUAAACAAAACGUAUUGUAUAACGCCCACUUUCUCUGUGACGAAUGGCAAAUAUAUUGUUAGCGGAUCAGAGGAUCAUUGUGUCUACGUUUGGGAUUUACAACUGAAGAACUUGCUUCAGAAAUUAGAAGGGCAUACUGAUACUGUUAUAUCUGUUAAUUGCCACCCGGCAGAGAAUAUGAUCGCUUCUGCAGGACUUAUUAACGACCGAACAAUCAGAAUCUGGGUUCAACCAAGUUAGUCAGUGGCGUUAAUAAGCUACUUUUGUAUACUUUGAUUCGCGAUUACUUGCAGAGCUUUUAAUGUAUGGAUAAACGAGUAUGCUUCUGUUUAGAUACUCAGCUGUAUACUAGCUGCAACGAAUGGGUGAAAUCAGAUUCUCUAUUUACCUUUUUAUAUGUACCUAAUAUACAAGACUGUAUAGACUUUUGGUUUUAACCUAAUUUAAUAUUUUUAAUUAGGUGAUGAUUACAACUU